ACGAUUGUUCGAGGUGCAAUCAUACUUUUAUAUACCUUUUUCUUUCGUAUCAGGAACAGACACGGAUGGGAACAAACUCCUAGUUUGUGUAGCACUAGAUUUUUCACAAGAAUUGGAAGAUAUAAUGGGAAACAAGAAGCUUUUUUCUGACAUGCUUAUUUCUUCUUGUUUGUCCGCCAUAUUUAGUUCCCAGACUCCCAGUCCUCUAUGUUCGCGCGGUUAAAACAAAACGCGGGAAAAAAUCAAAAUUUCAAAAUUUCGCUCGCCUGUUUGUUGUUUUUCAUUUCAAAAGGUUUUACUGGCACUUAUUCCGUAUUUUAUGCCUAUGGAAUAGUGUAUGCGUUCAUUUGAAGUUUUAUUAUGAGACUAAAGCAACUGCAUGUGAGUAUUAAAACUACGAAAGUGUCUAAAGUACAAGACAUCCUUGAUUGGGUCGACAAAAUGGGACAAAGUCAUUCCGACAAAAAGAAUCAUUCGUUGGAUGGAAAUGCAAAACGAAAAGAGGAAAAGAGGUUAUUUUACCUCGGGGUCAAACGAAGAAGAACAAAAAGUCCCUUGAAGGGGCAUAAACUAGAAACUUGCGAGAACAUAGAGCUCGAAAAAUUGGCAAAAAAGGACGAAAAGAUUGACGCGUCAAGUUUGAACGAAUAUGCCAAAAAUUCAGAAAUGCUUGCUUUUUUUAAGUUGUUUGGUAAGUAAAUAACCAUUAAAUAUAAAGAAUUAAUUAAUGGAAAUAAUUCCUAAGUACUAAAUAAUGCAAAAAGUAGGACUGUUUUUUCCAUUAAAUAUCACUUGUAUUUUUCAUAAUAACCUAAUUUAUAAUACCAACGUCUAAAUAUACAUUACGCCAGUGCUUUAUUCCUCCCCUCCCUCCCUCCCUCCCACCAAUGAAAGUCACAGUGAAUGACAGUGAAUAUUUUCAAACAAAAACUUGGUAUAGAGUAUGUCACGUGACUAUUUGGUAUAAAUACAGUAACCAUUUACAUUUGACGUCAAAGAAAAUAAAGUUUAUUCUUCCCCAAUUCAGAUGAUGACCUUAUUCAAGAUUUUUUGUGGAUGGAUUCAUGUGCAAAAAUAUCUGACAAAGUAAGCCUAAUGUGUUUGGUUAACAAAAAUAGAUGUCUUACCAAACCUUGACUGAAACCUUUGUUUUUGCUAGUACUUACUCGCAAUGGUGUACGCGUACUUCAAACGGGCAGAGCUGACCAGACGUGAAUAUACUCGGACCAACUUUUUUCUGGCUUUGUAAGUAUGCUUUACUAAUAACUGACAAAUUAUCCUGCACACCCCUGCCUAUUUGCGAACUUUUAAGGCAUACGUCGUUAAUUAAAUUUUCCUUUAAUUAUCCUUUGUAUAACAUUUAGCAUAACAUUUAGCAUAACAUUUAGCAUAAUAUUAACGAUCUGAUUAGAGUGUUCCAUCAUUAUCUUUUCAUUGAUUUGAAAGUCCAAUGUUCUCCAUUAACUCCAUACCAUCCAGUCACUCGAUGGUUAACUUAUUUUAGUUGUCCCUCAAAUGGUCUACGUUGCCAAUUAAUUAAAUAUUCAUUAUAAUUAAUUUAUUUCAUUGUUUUUAUUAAUUGACAAAUUAAUUGCUCAGAUAUUUGGCUAAUGACAUGGAAGAAGACGACGAGGACCAGAAAUAUGAUAUCCUACCUUGGGCACUUGGUCAUAAAUGGCGCGAUUUGUAUCCAGGUUUCCUUCGUAAACGUGAUAAGUUAUGGAAGAAAAUGAAUUACAGAGCUGUUGUCAGCCGACGAACGUGUGACGAGGUUAAUUUUAAGUAUCUUCUGUUAAAUAUGCAGGGUUGGUUAAGUCUUCAAAUAAUAGAGACAGAUGAUCUGCCAAGAUCUCCAUCCGUUAGACGCAUCAUCCAUCCUUAUACUCAAUAAUAUUGUAGUUAAAAGACGAACUAUAGCUUGAUACAGUGGCGUAGCUAGCCGAUGAUUCAGUCCCGCUAUGCAAAUAUUGCCAUGUUAAUCUAUCAACACAAUCAAUUUCUAAAGAAAUGAAUAAUGAUGAGUUGAACUGAAUUUGCAUAGCGGGACGAAAUUAUCGUCAGACUGGCUACGCCACUGGCUUGAUAUAUUCUAGCAAUGGUUCUGGGAACAACUACCCUGGUUCCGGAGAUUCUUGUGCCGCCGUAUUAUAAUUUACGGAAUUAAAAUACGAGAACCUCUGGCAACCAGGGUAGGGAGCAACAAAUCAUGCUUGAUAUAAAUUCUUCAUUCACGGAUCACUGUCAUGACAAUCUAAGGUUUAAGCACGCAAGAUCAUCGCAUUCAUACAUACACAGACCAUUUUGCCUGUGUCCGUUCAGAUCUUUAUUCUCCGGUAUAAAUUGAACCGUUCUAUCAUUAACCUACUUUUAAUAGUUUACAUUACGUUUAAGUGAAUAGUGUUGUGUUUCAACUAGGUUAUGUCAAUUGUACCAAAUCAUCCAGUCUGGCAACGAACAAGAAAGCCUCAUCAUGGUGGAGCCAUGCCUGAGAUUUCAUCUUUAGAAGACAUAAACCUCACUCCUCGAGGUCCGGAUGCUAGUCCCUUGUAUUGUAAACAAUGUGAGGACUUGGAAAACCUGGAUUCAGGCUCGUCCGGAUAUUUAUCAUCACCGCAAUCUAGGGAGGUCUUUUAUAAAGGUGGGUUGAUAAAAAAUAUAGGUUUCACUAAGCACUGUCGUGCAGCAGAUGAUGAUCAACAGGUAUUUAUCAAAGUGAGAGAACAAUGUUAAUUAUUUUCAUUGUAUGUAGCAUUCUUGUAUGUGGAGGCAAAUAAAGAGAAGUGAGAAUUGUAAUUUCUUAGUGAACUUGAGAACCAUCUGAUGCCCUCGAUAAUUUGUUUUUAAAAUUUACGAUAUUUGUGACAUAAUGAGUCAAUAGGAAACUAAGCAAUAGGACACUGGGUUCCUUACAAAGGCUUGUUGGAGGUUCUGAAUCAUGCUUCACGUCCUGAAUCUCACCAAUACAAUCCUUUGCCAUCGGCUAAUAUUUCAUUUGAUUCAGUGGAAUAGCUACAUUAUUUUCACUUUUUCAGCACAUUUUCUGUUCUUCGUUCAUGAUGAUUUGACAUGCUAUAUGAUUUGACUGAUAUUUUUCCAUUAAAGUGAGCGACAAAACUAAGAAACAGUGGGUUGCCAAAGAAGAAUAAAACAAGAACCAAGAGCUGCUACUGUGCAGAAUAUAUAGAACAAAAGUUAUGUUUUUCUCUGCAUCAAAUGUAGGGAAUGAAGAACAAUUUCAAUGAGUGUAAUGCAUCUGAAUUUUAACAGGCAAUAUUUAAAUUAUCAGUAAUGUAAUUGUGAAGAAAAUAUUAAAUUUUUAAGUGUUAAAAAAUUUUGUAAUAUAAAGUAAUAUAAAAUACAAAUUGUUCAAUAUACAGUUAAAAUAUUCCUCCACGAUUUUUGAAUAAAAUCUAUAAAGUCAUUUAGUCACGUUUACACACAACGAUUGAUCGGGUCGAUUUUAGGUUUUGCC